AUGAUGCGACGCCAUUCUGAGAUUCCAAACACACCAACACCUUUUUCAAAAGUUACCAAUGAACUCAAAAUUGGUUCUAUGCUUUCAAUUCCCAACACAGGGAGGGCUAUUUUAAAAUAUAUCGGCCCUGUCCAAGGCAAAGGUGGUAGAUUUGCUGGUAUUGAACUUCUAGGUGAAAGUGCUAUUUUGGGUAAAAAUAAUGGUGAUGUCAAUGGUGUUCAAUAUUUUAAAACCAGUAAAAGUGGCUCUGGGCUAUUUAUGACAUAUGACAAAUUACUACAAUCCAUUGAUUUUGUUGAAUCACCGUCAGUGUCGAAGAGAUUGUCACUAAUAGGAUCACCUUUCGCUUCAAAUAAGAAACUAGAAACAAAUAGAAGGCACACAGCUACUGCUCUCACCCCAUCAUCUUUAGCAUCAGUUAGAAAUUCCACUUCGAAAGCUUCACAUACCAGAUCCAAUAGCUCAACACCACCAGGACAAAUGGUCAUCAAAGAUUCACCUUCAAGUGAAGAAUUUAAAAGAGCAAUCCGUGCUAAAGCAUCACUUGAAACUGAGAAAAAUAGCUUAAUACAUAAGACAGAGGCUUUAAAAUACGAAGUGGAAGACCUUCAAAAUAGACUAGAGGAUCAGCAAAAAAUCAUUAAAGAUCUCGAGAUAACAAGAAACCAAGAUAAGACUAAGCUGGAGAAAGCCAAUGAGAAAGUAACAAUCAUUGAAAAUAAACUUCAUAAGCAGAAGGCAGCAUUUGAAGAACAAAGAAAUGAACUACUGGAUGUCAUUGAACAACUUGAAUCACAGGUGAACGAUAAUGAAAAAUUGUAUUUUGGUGAAUUGAAGAAACUUCAAGAAGAAAUUACCCAAAAGGAAAUUUCCCUUACAUCAAAUGCUGCUAAUGGUUCCGAAUCUAGCAAUAUCAUCAAAGAAUUGCAAGAAAAAUUAAAUAUACUCCAGUCAGAUAAAACCGAGAAGGAAACCUUUGUUGUUGACUUACAAACUAAAGUUGAGGAUUUGGAAUCCAAGUUACUUCAUGUCAAUAAAGAAAGCUUGGACCUGAAAGAGGCAAUUAUAAGUGAUAAAACAAAAUAUGAUAAUGAACUAAAAGAUCUAAAAGACAAGCUCAAUGAGAUGAGGGAAGAAGUUGCUGUGAGAGAUAAAGUUAUUGAAAAGUUAAGAGGAGAGAUCAAAACAAUAACAUCAAAGAAUGAUACUAAAUCUGUGAUCAAUGAUACAGAGAACUUAGAAAAGGAAAUAAGAGAUCUAAAAACACAGUUAGAAGCUAAACACAAAGAUAUCCUACAAUUCACAGAAACACAAAAGGAACUUGAAGAGUUGAAAAAAUCUUCUCCCGAGAAUUCAAGUGCUGAUAAAAUAACAGAGUUGGAAUUUAAACUUGAUAAUAAAGAAUCUAUAAUAAAUAGUCUAAAGAGUCAAUUAGCGUCAUCGCUUGAAUCAGGAAAUGAUGAAGGUGUUACACGUGAAGCUAACGAAACAAUUUCAAAGCUACAAGAUCAAUUAAAGCAACAAGAAAAACUUGUUGAGGAUAAACAAAGGAUAUCAGAAGAAGUUGAAAAGUUAAAAGAAGUUAGCCAGAGCUUGAGAGAUGUUGUAACAGAGAAAGAAAAACAAAUUUUAGAAUAUCAGACUAAUAUAUCAACGUUAAAAGAAUCUAAAUCCAGUGAUGAUCAGUUAGAGAGUGCUUUAAGCUUAAAAGAAAAAGAACUAAAGUCUAUGAAAGAAACCAUGCAAGAUUUACAAAUUCAAUUGAAAGAAUUGAAACUUGUUGAGCAGAAAAAAUCUGUUAUUGAAACUGAAAGGGCUAAUUUAAGUGAUUCGUUGAAAGAAAAAAAAUUUCAAAUAUCAACACUGAAUAAAAAGGUUGAUGAACUAAAUCAAAAAUUGAAAGAACAAACAGAUAAUAGUGAUUAUAAAUCCUUAUUAGAAGAGAAAAGUCUGGAGAUUGAACUACUGAAAGAGGAAUUACUAUUGGCAAAAUCAACAGAGCAUUUCAAAGAAGUGGAGGCUCUAAAAGAAGAAAUUUCCUCUCUAAAAGAGUUGAAUAAAUCGACAACAAAUAGUGAGCUAAACAAUCAGCUUAGAAUUUUACAAGCUGAAUUGAAGAGAAGGCCAGCAGCUUCACAAGUUGAAGAAUUAAGAUCUGAAUUAGAGCUGAUUGAUGAAUUGAGAAAAGUGGAGUCUAGAAACAAAGAUAAAGAGAUUGAAAAAUUGAAAAAACUACUUUCUGAAUUUGGUUCCACUUUAAAAGAGAAUAAAAAUUUAAUCAAAACACCAUCACCUAGAAACGAAAAAAAGACAACCCCAAUUUCAAUCAACAAAGAAAACAAGGAAACUAAGGUAGAUGGAGCUAGAACUAAAGUAUCUAAAGAACCUCAAAGUAACCGUGCUACUAUGAGUAACAUUUCGCUCAAUAGACCACCCGUUAUCUCACAAGUUGUUGAUGGUGCUCUUCAAGUUUAUGUUCCAGAGGAAAAGGUGGAUCCUGCUAAUGGUAGAAAAUUAUGGUGUGGUCUUUGUGAAAGGGAAGGACAUGAUAGUAUUGAUUGUCCAUAUGAGAAUGAUAUUUUUUAA